AUGAGUGUAGAAAGUGAUGACAAGCGAACUCGCACUCGGUCCAAGGGAAUCAGAGUUCCGAUUGAACAUAUAGGACAGGAGCUGAGCUGCCCCACCCCUGGAUGCAAUGGCUCUGGUCAUAUCAGUGGGAGAUACUCACGACACAGAAGCAUUCUAGGUUGCCCUAUAGCCAGGAAACGCCGACUUGAGGAGGCCGAGGCAGAUCAGGAACAGGAAACUGAGCGGCCAGCAUCUAAGAGGAAGUCCCAUCCCCUAAAACUGGCGCUGGAUGAGGGCUUCAGCGCAGAAAGUGAUGCCAGUAGCGAAGCUGAGGGAGACGGUGAAAGGAAUGGGGAGAGCAGAAGUAAAAGUGAGGAGGAUGAGAACGAUUUGGACGCUGUUGCAGUUGGAGAGAAACUUGUGGAAGAGCAAACACAUGAACCACAAACAAAUGGACAGACCGAGGAGGUUCCAAAUCAUCGGAAGGAGGACGCCAAGAGGGAAGAAGCAGUAAAUCAGCAGGACUUAGAAGAGUGCGUCAUCAUUGGAUCUCCAAUGACACAGGAAUGUCAGUCUCCAUCACAGAAUGCUGAAGAAGUGGCCAACUCUCUCCUUUAUCUCGGCCGAAUCCCUGCUCCCGGUAAUGGCAGUGAUGCUCCAACAGUGGCCACCUCACAGCCUGUUGCUAUGGAGACUGAGGGGAAUGUCACAGUGGCACACUGUGAAGAAGUAAAGGAGGAGCAGGAUGACGAAACGGCUGAGGCAGAGGAAGAUGUAGUAGACAGAAGUCAAAACAUUAAAGAGGAGACAGAAAAGUUGGUGGAUGAUCGAGGAGAGCAUGAAACUCAUGCCAUGGAGGUCCAUCAUGAAGCCACGACAGAUGAAGAGGAGGAGACAGCAGUGCCAGCACAGCAGGAGGACAUACCACAAGAGGAGGAGGAGAAAGAGGAGGAGGUAAAACCUACUGUGCCAAUUUGUGUCCGCACCAUCACCAGCACCCCAGCAGCUCAGGAACUACACAUCAAGACUGAGGACCACAGGGUCAGUCCUCUGGAGGACUACAAUGCACAUGAGAACUACAGCGCCACACGAGCCAGUCCACUUGACAGCUACCACUCCCACAAACCACUUCAUAACUACAAGUCCUGCCUUCCUUUAAACUUCAUCUCCCACAUGACCAGUCCACUGGAGAGCUACUCACCCAAUCCCAGAGGUGAUAAUUUGAACAUCCACAAAGUCUCACCCUCCGUCUCCCCCGACAUUAUCGAGGUGCAUUCGGACAAGUCGGAUGAAAAAGACUUCGAUGAUGUCGACGGUGACGACGAGCACGAUGACGAUGACAGCCUCUCUCAGCGCUCAGCCGUCACGGAUGAGUCGGAAAUGUUCGACAUGACCAGAGGGAAUCUGGGCCUCCUCGAGCAAGCCAUUGCCCUCAAAGCAGAGCAGGUGAAGCCGGCCGGGCCCAGGGAGCUGUUGGGUGUCCCUGAUAUACAGCACCACAGAUACUUCACCAUGGAAGACCGGCCCAAGCACCUUGAUGUCAUCAGAAAGAGCUACUUUAAAGAGAGUAUUCGGCCAGAGAAGAGGGAAAUCAAGUGUCCCACCCCAGGGUGUGAUGGGACCGGUCAUGUGACUGGCCUUUACCCCCACCACCGUAGCCUGUCAGGCUGCCCUCACAAGGACAGGAUCCCGCCUGAGAUUCUGGCCAUGCAUGAGAAUGUCCUGAAGUGUCCAACACCUGGCUGCACCGGUCAGGGCCAUGUUAACAGCAACCGUAACACGCACCGCAGUCUUUCGGGAUGUCCCAUCGCAGCAGCGGAGAAGCUGUCCAAGAGCCACGACAAGCAGCUGUCUCAGCCUGGCAGCGACCUCCUCAAAGGAAGUCCCAAUGACAGAGUGCUCAGGCCCAUGUGCUUCGUAAAGCAACUGGAGAUGCCCCAGUACGGUAGCUACAGGCCCAACAUGGCACCAAGCACACCCCGCGCCAACCUGGCCAAGGAGCUGGAGAAGUACUCCAAGGUGUCCUUCGAUUAUGCAAGCUUUGAUGCUCAAGUGUUCGGGAAGCGUAUGCUUGCGCCAAAGAUGCCCACCAGCGAAACCUCACCCAAAGCCUUCAAAAGUAAGCCCUCAUUCCCAAAGUCGUCAUCACCCAGCCUUAACCUCCACGGUUACGGCAAACCUUCCUCCUUGACCUAUGACUACUCUCAUGAUGCCGAAGCCGCCCACAUGGCCGCCACCGCUAUCCUCAACCUGUCUACACGGUGCUGGGAGAAACCUGAGAACCUGAGCACUAAGCCACAAAACAAGGAAAUGGACAUUGAGGUAGAUGAGAAUGGCACUCUGGACCUGAGUAUGAAGAAGCCCAUCAAGCACGAAGGCAGCCUGUCUGGCACCAGCCCGGGGGUCCGUUCCCCAGACCCUUCUUCCUCAUCUUCCUCGCUGCAUCUCGGUGGAAGCAGUGGGGUGACAUCACCAAAUCUACAGAGCUACAAACAGGAGGACUGGGAGGGGCCUCUGGAUUUUACCAAACACAACCGCCAAAGGGAGGAGGAAAUGGAGGAGAUGGAUCAUGCUGGACAGUCAUAUGUGUCAUCUGACCCAGAGGACAGUGACAUGAUGCAGGACUUAAUGGAGGACAGAAAGUACCCUGGAGAAGUCACAACUCCAAAUUUCAAGGUCAAGUUCCAGCCCAAGGACAGCAAGAAGGAGCUGCUCUCAUGCCCAACACCUGGUUGUGAUGGCAGUGGCCACAUCACUGGGAACUAUGCAUCACAUCGCAGUCUAUCUGGGUGUCCUCUCGCUGAUAAGAGCCUCCGGUCCCUCAUGGCGGCACACACCCCUGAACUCAAAUGUCCCACACCAGGAUGUGACGGCUCAGGUCAUAUCACAGGAAACUACGCCUCCCAUAGAAGUCUCUCUGGGUGCCCGCGUGCCAAGAAAAGUGGAAUUAAAACUCCUACCAAGGACAACCAGGAGGACUCGGAGCUUUUAAACAGAUGUCCGGUACCGGGCUGCGACAGCCUGGGACACAUCAGCGGGAAGUACGCCACACAUCGUAGCGCCUACGGGUGUCCUCUUGCAGCCCGCAGACAGAAGGAGGGGCUACUGAAUGGCACACCCUUCAACUGGAAGGCUUUUAAGACAGAAGGACCGACAUGUCCAACCCCGGGAUGUGACGGCUCAGGACACGCUAAUGGCAGCUUUCUCACGCACCGCAGCCUCUCAGGAUGUCCCAGGGCAUUGUAUGCCAAGAAAAAGGCCAAAUUCCCCACAGAGGAAUAUCUGAGUGCUAAGUUCAGAGCCGGUGACGUUUUGGACAAUGAUGAAGAUAUCAAGCAGCUUAACAAAGAGAUUAAUGACCUCAACGAGUCCAACAACGAAAUGGAGGCCGAUGUAGUCAAUCUGCAAACUCAGAUCACGUCUAUGGAAAAGAAUUUGAAGAGUAUCGAGCAUGAGAACAAGAUGAUCGAGGAGCAGAACGAGGCUCUUUUCAUGGAGCUGUCCGGGUUGAGCCGGGCCCUCAUCCGCAGCCUGGCAAACAUACGUGUACCACACAUGCAGGAGCCCAUCACGGAGCAGAACUUCGACAGCUAUGUGAGCACCCUGACCGACAUGUACACCAACAAAGACUGCUUCCAGAGCCCCGAAAACAAGGCUCUACUGGAGAGCAUCAACAAAGCUGUGAAAGGCAUCAAAGUCUGA